AGACACCUAUGAUAUUACGCUUAUGAUGAGCAAUCAUUAGAUAAGAUUACAAUAAAUAUUACUGGCGACUGCGAACGUGUAGUUUCAGUCAAUUUUUUUUCGUGACUUUGUCGUUCCAUAAUUCGAAAUGGCUAUCAGAACAGAAUUCCUCAGAUCUUUCCCAGGAAUGCUCAAGGUUCUGGAAAUCGUUUUCAGCGUUGUAGGUCUUGUAUUGUACCUUAUCGAUACGGACUAUUUUGCUGUACGGUCAGAGUAUUUCAUAGGUGUAUUAGUUGCCAUGAUAGUGGCCAUAAUAAUAACUCUCUUCUAUAUCAUUGGAAUAUCCGAAGCCCUUGGUUCAUUCAUGGGAUUGCAGACCUAUUUCCACUUGAUAUGGAUGCUGUACAUGACAGGGAUCUCGUCGAUUGUUCUCAAUGGCGCCAGCUCAAAUUUCGAAGCUGUUUGUGCAGGGAUAUUUGGACUGAUCUUAGCUGUGACAUAUCUGGUUGAUGGACUUCACGGAUACAGAACCAGUCCUCCAAUGCCUUUUUCUUAGUUGGAAGAAAAACAUCCUCAGCUAAUUAAUUUCUAUUUUGUAUUUGAUUUUUUCACCAUCAUAUUGUUCCUUCAUUUGAAACCUUUAUUUGAAGAUGUAGUUUUACUCCUUACCAGCAAUAUAUUGACAUUUUAGGGUUCCAAAACUAUCACGAUUAAAUAGAAU